UUUGAACAAUAACAAAGGAACAAAAACGGACGAUCAGAUAAACAUUAAAAUUUAGAAGAAAGUUUUGGAAUUUGCGGCAAUGGAGAGUGUUUAUGAUCUUCCAAUGAAUGACUUGAUCAAUAUCAAGGAAUUUUUCAAAAAAUAUUCAGAAGUAUUAGAAAAGUAUCCUUUACCUUCAAAUGACGAAGAAGUAAAAGUUAUGAUGAAGUUCCAAGGAUCAGAGGAAGAAUUCGAAAAUCUAAAAAAAUCCAUUUUUUUUGACGUUGAAAAAGAUUCUGUACCAAUAAUUGAAUGUGACCCAGGGAAAUAUUAUAGAAGUACAAUAGUAAAUUCAUUAAUAAAUAUUCCAGUACCAGCGUUUGAAUUAGAAACUUCAAAAGAAUUACUGGCAUAUAGGUCGAAAAUUGUUAGCAGACACGGAACUAAAAAAGUAUACCCUUUCGGUAGAACUGAAUUCAAUUACCAUUUAAUAAAGAACGUACCUGAACCUCUUUCAAUAAAUGAAGAAAAUCUUAUACCGUUUUGUGAUGUUUCUAUAACUGUAAGAAUAUACCGCCCAUUUUGUUAUGGUGUUUCCCUAAAAACAAGUGGCCCGUCAUUUCAAGAAGAAUUUUUAGUGUUUGGGGAUCAGUAUUUAACGGAUUUACGAGAUAACAUUUCAUGCGAAUUUAAUGAGCGUUGUAUUUUUGAUAUCAGUUCCAAUUUAGAACGUGAAUUACCAAAACAGCAAGCAAAACCCGGCUUCUUCUUUAUUACAAACACAUUUUAUAAUGAUACCAGAGAUCCAAAUAAUCCCGACUAUUCAGAAAAUAUAAAAACUUGGCUGGAAGGAGAAACGACUUUUCGAGGCAAAGAGUUUAAAACAGCAAAGAUGGAGGAAACCAAAUUUUCAGAUUUAGAUAUUCGUUUAGGUUUUCCGCAAGUUUAUCAACAUAAUGGAAACUGUGAACACUUGUUUUGUUUUUCCUCAAUACAAAUUUUAACACAAACUGAUCAUUUGAAAAAAUCUCAAUACCCAGUCUUAACAUCAGCUUCAAUACCUAAGUAUUCAAAUUGUAAUAUGUGCGGCAACUCUCAAUUUUCAUAUAUAAUUAAAGAUAGUAAUAAGCAAUUAAGUGAUCCAGCAUUUUUAUGCGAUCCCUGCCUUCGAAAUUAUCAUUAUAUUGACGGUAAAAAAAUAGGAGAAUUCAAAGCAUAUUUAAUAAAUGAAAUAAAAGUUGAAGAUUCAGAUGAAGAUAUAGAUACGGAUGAGAAAACUAGUUCUAAAAAUGAUGAAGGAAUCAACUCAAAUUAGCAAAACUAAUACCUAU